AUGAUCAUAAGUCAAAUAAGUAACAAUGAGGAUUGUCCUGAACCCUUAGAAACCAAUAUGAACAAGAGCUCCAAAGUAUUAUUGUGGGGGAGAAGGACUCAACAUCAAAGCUUUGGAAUCGAGAAUCCCAUUUGGAAAUACAGAGCAUUCAAAAUAAUACUUAUAGUCUCUAGAUUCAUAGUUCUACUCACUAAAUAGAUCACUCGAAAGGAUUUGAAUCUUUUCACUAAGCAAGAAUUCAAUUUAAUUAAGGAUAAAGCAGCAGACUAUAAUUUUUACAAAUAUCAAGGAUUGCUGCCAAGAGAUAAGCCCUCUUAGAUCUUACUUAAAUUAAACAACUGGUUUUCUUGCAUUCUAUGUAAAUUUAAAUAAUAAUGACAGAACAUCAAAGCUAAUUCUUAAGUAGUAAUGCUCGAAAAUGGUUAUUGAAACCAGACGACACAGUCAUAAUCAUAUGGAAUAUUUAUCUGAUUGUUAUUGUGACGAUCAAUGUGUUUUAUGUGUCCUUGCGUAUCUCAUUCCCAGAAAUUGUGGAUUUUCCUCUAAAAAGCAAGGAGUUCUUUUUUGAAUAAUUGCCUGUUUAUUCAUUUCUCUUGGAAAUCGUUUUAAAAUUCAACACUUGCAUUUACAACAAAGGAAUACUGAUUACUAACAGAACGAAGAUUGUGAAAUUUUAUUGCAUAGAAGGUUAAUGGAUAUUAAUAUUAGAUAGGAUUUUUAAUUGAUUUGUUUUUGGUUGUUCCAUUCUUCAUAGGCCAGCAAUUUGACUUUAGAUACUUUGAUUUUGUGAUAGUUUUGAAAGUAUUCUAGUUGUCUAGCUUAUUCUCGUCUCUUUUUAAUCGUUUAGAAUUGUCAAGUAGACAAACAGCACUCUUCGAUUUAUUUAAAAUGAUGUAUGCAUAUAAAUAUGCACUAGAUCGUUUAUGAUUCUAGUAGCUCACUUUUCAGCCUGUAUUUGGCAUAUAAUAGGACAAUGGGGUGAAUGGGGUCAUCACGAAGGCAAGACUUGGUUGAAGGUGGCCUAAUUGUAGAAUGAAUCUUGGUUGGAUAGAUAUGUAGUCUCAUUUUAUUGGAGUAUUGUUACAAUGACAACUAUUGGAUAUGGAGAUAUAACUCCUGUGAAUUUGACUGAAAGGAUCUUUGUAAUAUUUAUGACUAUGAUUUCAUCUGCAACAUUUGCAUACACUGUAAAUAAUAUUGGAGGCAUAUUCUAAGACUUCUCAAAACAAUCAGUUCAAUUAAAGAAUAACAUGAAUCAAUUGAAUAGAUACCUAAGAAGUUAGAAUGUGUCUGACGAUCUUUAAAUUAAGUUUAGAAGAUACUUUGAGUACUUGUGGAGCAAACCAUCUCAAAAAGUAAUUUAAUUUGCAGAUUUGAUACCUAAAAGUUUGAAAGAUCAGAUGAUUGUGGACGUCAAUGCUAAAAUAUUAAAUUAGUUAUCCUUUUUUAAGAAUUUCAGUUAACCUUUAUUGAAUAAACUAUGUAUGUAUCUGGAAGAGAAAUAAAUUCAAUCUGACGAUUACCUAUUCAGAAGAAAUAAUAAAUCAUCUUAAUUAUUUAUCCUCGUAACAGGAGAAAUAAAACUAGUGCUAACUCUCAAUGAUUAGCCCAGAUUGUUAUAAAAAAUAAAUAAUCCGUCCUUUAUUGGGUAAUUGGAUUUCUUCUCCAAAAGAUCCUACUCUUUCGAUGCCGUAGCCUCUAAGACAACUAAAGUUCUCCAGAUCUCAAGAGAUUAAUUACACACUGUCUUCAAGGAUCACCCUUCUGAUUAUGUAUUUAUAUAUUGAAAUCUAUCACUUUUAGGAGAUAUUCUAAUAGAUAACAGAUGAAAUAACACAAAAUAUAAAUUUAAAGGCAAUCUAAAUUAAAUGUAAUACAUGCUAAAGCGAUUCUCAUUUUACUAACACAUGUCCAUUUUUAUUUGGAAUACCGAAUAGAAUUAAGACUUUAUACAAUUAUCGAAAGUUCACUCCUGUUGAUAGAACUCCUCGAUAUAUUAGACAUAAUCACACAAGGAAGAUGUAUGCAUUGAAACAUCAUUUCAUUGUUCUGGAAAGUGUGCUUAAUUAUAUGAUGAAAAAUGAAGAUCUUGUUUAGAUCGAAGAAAUGAGGGAAUUAUAAUAGCAACAUAGCAUUCAUUUUGGGAAUCAAUUCACUUUCAAUCAGAUUCCAACUAAUCUUCAGACUUAGCAGGUGAACAACACACAAGGAAAAUCUUCUUUAUCGUAAAGGAUUCAACUUUCCAUCGAUGAAUCUUCUCCUAGGACUUUUCGAUUUUGUUAGCCACAGAAUAACUAAUAUCUAAAUCCAGCAGGGUUGAAGAAUAAUCCAAAGUUAUCUAUAAAUUAUGGAUCUUAAGCAGAGUUGCCUGAAGAGGAAGUGCCUGUAUAUGAGAAGGUUUUGAAGAAAGGAGGGAAUGAGUCCUUAUGUGUAGUGAAUGAGCAAGGUUAUUAAUAGGUAUUGUAAGUACCCUCAUUAUAAAUAAACUAAGUAGUGAGAAGAAAAUCAGUAAAAUUAAAGUUAGAUGAUAGUUCUGAAGAUGACGAAGAAGAUUAGGAUAAGAUUUUGGGAUAAUACAUUGAUAUCUUUUAGCAAUUCGAGAGAGUUUGCGAAUUCAGCAAUUAUCAUUGUCAUAACAACAUUUCAUAAGUGGUGGCUAAAGUAUGAUAUUAAUCCUUUUCGUAGUUCCAGGAAAAGAGGAUGAUAUUCUAGAGACAGUCAAAGAAACGAAAGAGUCGUCGGCAAGAAACCUUGUUGCAUCUAUUAAAGUAAGCCUAAGGGAAGUAAAGAUUAUGA